AUGGCCGACUCUCCCUCCUCGGACGACUCCAAGCGCCCUGGUCCCAAGUCCCGUGAGGCAGAGUACCAGGCCCUCUGGCAGGUCUGCGAUCGCACCGCUCGCAAGAACGAGUACAAGUACGCCGACUACGCCACCCGCAGAGCUAUCCUGGAGGAUGCCUGCCACGCUCUCAUGAACAGACGCCGUGACGGAGGCAAGGUCCUCUGCAACACGAGUAUCCCAGAGAUGGUCGAGCGUCACCUCAAGCGAGAAGCCCACUCUCGCAUCAUCCACGAGGCCCGCGUCACGGGGCAGCUGCCGGAUUCCCCUGUGCAGGUUGCUAGGACUGUUCGGUCCGCCACCCCCCAGGGCACCAUGGCCGACCCUCAACCCAUGGGCUCUCGCAUCGCCCUGCCUUUCGGCAACAGCCAGCCUUACGCCGCCAACAUUGACCCCAACCCUCUGACCCUCCGCAACGAGAUCGUCGCCCUGCGUCAGGAGGUAGCCCGUCAGCAUGAGGAGCAACACGCUAUCGUUUCCACCCUGCGGGGUCUAGCUGCCCGUCUCACCGCCGUCGAAAACGAGCUCGCCGAGCUCCGUAGUGGCCAGGGCCACGGCAGACUUUCGUUCAACGAGAUGGAUGUCCAUCUCAGACAGACCAACCUUGCUGCCCGCCCCCGGUCGGUUCCUAUGGGCGAGAAUGGCCUCCAUCAUGUCAGUGAGCACGAGCAGAGAGGUACUACUACUACCCAGAUGACCGAAGGCGACAUCCACUUCCGGCCCAACUACACCUACGAGAGCGAGGCUCGCUACCGGGCUCCCGGCCUGUUCCCACACAGCACCUAUCCCGGCCCCUUAUACCCCGAUGAAGGCGUCGAGGGUCCCGGCUUCGGCCUCGGCCUCGGCUCCCAACCCCGGGAGAGGCGCCCCGUGACGCCCCGGAGCCAGACUCACGGCCAGGAGGAUCUAGGCCGACAGAACAUCUGA